AUGCUGGCAUAUGGGGCUUCCUUGGAGGAGAUUCCUCCGGUUAAGGAGGUAAUCCUGGAAGUGCGGAUGGCCCACAUGGAAUUCAAUGCCGAGGCCGUCGCCCGCCUUGAGAACAAGAGCAAACUCUCCAUUGCCGUCAUGUACAAGGGGGAGGACCUGGCUCAGGCCUGCAGUGAUGGUCACUCUAACUCUCAACAGCACCUUCCAGCUUCCUUUCAGCUCUGCUUUUCCCAUGGCCACCCCAAGUCUGGAGCUCUAUGUGAUGAUGGUGUGCUCUUCUCGUCUUUUUAUCUUAAAAUCAGAGCUUUUGCCCCUUCCCUACUCGUGCUACCAUCCCUAUUGUUUCGUCAAGGUGUCUGUCUCUCGGGCGCUUUGUUGGCGGGCCAUGCCUAUCUCCGCCUGCUAUUUCUAUGUGCUCAGGAGAAUUUAUCUGAUCUCCGCACUGUCCUCAUGAAUGUGGGCCUCUGUCACACGGUCGUCCGAACCAAGAGCUUUAGCUUCUACUGGAACCAAGAACUGCGCCUGGGUAUAAAAGAACCCAAACACGUUCGACAACUGCCAGAUCUACUACCGAGUACUGAGGUGGAUGCCCGAGCCACGCUUGCCAUCUUAAGGCGAACGCGAAAGAGCCUCGUGGAGCAACGAAUUUCCGCCGUUUCGGUUCCAAUAUCAGGAGAGCCGGAGUUCGAUCUCAAGGGCCUCACUUCUCACAUUGACGAACUCCUUGUUCAGAUGGAGCGAGACGGUGUUGUUGUGGUCCCCAUGAUUACGAGGUUGAAGGCAGGGCGAUGGAUGGUUGCAUAUGUGAACGGACAAGCACACACGGCAGCGGCCACCCGAUUGCACAAGUGCAUCCUCAACACCUGCCAAGCCGUAUGCUGCGCGUCGACCUACUCCUUUUAUGCAGCUCAGUAUGCAGUACAGAUUUUGGAAGAGGUGGUCUUCGAGCCCACUGCCGACUCCCUGCUCAUUGGAUCUCUGCCGUUCGACAGGACCCAAGACGACAAUCAGGCGCAAGAAAAGGAGCAACAGCACAGUGAAGGCAGUAGCGAGCGUAGCUUUUCAAAGGAUAAACUCGAAGAAAAGCCACGCCUACCUUCCGUGAAGCAUUCACACCUUAACGAGAUCCGGAGCAGCUUGGACAAAUGGAGAGAACGCUGUCAUUUCCGGAGACUCCCAUCAGAACAUCCCCUUCGCAUAUUUGCCCUGUUCAAACGCGAUCAACUGUUUGUGAGCGAGCAAGCCAUUGGUCGAUCCCGCUCAGGACUUCUGUUGGCGGUUCUCGUUUUGGGAGAUGAAAAGGUGGAUAUGGAAGAAGCAAGCAAGGUUUACGGUGUAGAGAUUCAGGCGCAGCGGACGAUGAACGACGCAAUUGUCGAAUUAAAGAGGCAAUCCGCCGAAGGCACUGCUGAAGGGUCCAAGAACCUAAGACUGACGAGCUUAACUCCCGUGCUUAUGACCGCCGUGGACUAUAAGGGCUUCCGAGUCGUUGUAAUUCCGUUGCCUGAGUCCGUACCAGAAGUCAUUGCAUGGCCUCAGCCCCUAUCAGCUCGUGUUCGCCACGAAAUCUCCUUUAUCGAGAACAAGCUCAACGUUUGCAAUUUGUUGAAGCCUAUUUCACCUCAAAACCCUCCUCGUGACACGACACUUCUUUUGUCAGUCAAAAACAGAGGCAUUGACAUGAUGAUGCUCUACCGAACAUGCUACGCACUGCCACUUUUUUCUGGGAAGGAAGCAAAAGGCUCUCUUCCAUCUAUCUCCCAGCGCCUCCGAUCUGUUCCCUUUGAAUAUUCCGCUGACAUGGAAAUGGCCUUGAAGAAUUGUCAACAAAUUUCCCAACAGGCAUCAGUUAAGCCGACUGUUCCCGGCCAAGCUUAUCAGGAUGCGAUUGUUCGUUCGCCCUUUAGUCGCUUGUACGCCCCUAUGGACGAACUCGUUCACUUUAUUACCCACUCGUACAGCCGCUCUUACAGAGGCAACGUCGAGCCUGUCGCCUGCGGAAGUGGGCUCCCUGGGAGGAAGGCCCAGCGUCUGGGGACACUUGUCAAGUCGGUCAUCCUCGACGAUGCGAUUGCUGAAUUGGAACGAAUGGACCCUUACGGCCCAUACGACUCAAUAUCCUUGACGAGCUACCUUCACCGACGCGGCAUUAACAUUCGCCUUUUGGGCACAAUGUGUAAACGGACACGAAGUCCGUGGCUCCAGCAUAUGCUUCUCGUGGAAGUCGUCGGCAAGUCAACUUCUUUGAUGCCCAAAUUAGUGGCAGCCAGUGACGACGAUGGAGAGAGUGUGGCUAACAGUGACGACUCGUACUAUGAAGGUUUGGUUAGGGGGCAAGACGGAAGGGUAAGGUACACCAAGGAGUCGCUGCUGAGAGAGAAGUUUCUGCAGCUCCCACUUUCUGUUGCCGCUCGCUUGCUGGAUGACUCCCCCUACUUGUUAGACUUGACGAGGCAUAAAUUUCGCGUCUUCUUUUGGACGGAUCUUGUGGCUCUGAACUUGUUUAACGUGGCCCUUGGAUCCUGCAUGGAGUCUCAUGAAUUCUGGAGAAACUUUCUAAGCCGCAGGUGUUCUGAGCUAUUUGAUGUUGAGGCGUCGAUGGUGCGGCGACAUAGAAUUUACCUGCCAGCCCUGUACAUAUCGCUGCAGCACCACUGCGGCAUUAGCUUCUUUCCUUGCGCGGCCACUCUUGGAAGGAUGCUGGACAAACCAUUUCCCCUCAUGCCUUCUCACAUUCGAGAUUCUUGGGAUGCAGAGGAGGCAACUGUGGAGCUCGUGGGCGUUGCUCUGAGAUAUGAGGCUUGGGACGUCGGCCUCUUGCUGGCUCAACGUUGUAUCCUGCAGUACCCUGAGGCCCAUGCAGCAUCUGUACCGGCCCGUCUGCUGCUUCUUCUGGCAGCGACCCAUGGCUCGGAGAAGCCCCCUCCUAGCUCCCAGCUUGCAGCCACUACCUACCGGAUUCAGCGUUUACUUUUAUACCACUGGGGAGGCCACCAUCCAGCCGCUCUAGACGUGACUGUUGCACAAGCUUGGCUGUCAUAUCUUGGGCGCGACUGGCGGGAGUGCAUAUCCGGGCUGCAAGCUGCGGUGUCGCUGAGUGCAGCUCUCUCUGUUUCUCAAAACUCCGAGGACCUCACGAGCCUUAAGCUGCUCCUUGCCGUGAUUGCAACAGAUGAAGCUUCCAAAGACUUGGUAACGGAGGAGCAGAAAGCUCUGAUGGCGAAUGGCGCAUGUUUGAUGCUGCAGUGGGCUUUGGAUGCCUACGAUUUUCAUUUUGUAGGAUUUCCCCUUUUUCCAAAGCAAUACUCUCAGAGUCGUCAGCUGACUCUUCGGUCUCUUGCCGAUCCGGCACGUGUGAUUUUUGCAGCAGUUAGUUCAUUGUUUCUGUUUUUGAAGGGAACCAGGCAUGUGUUGACGAUGACAGCGGCGCGAGAGUUCUCGUUGUCGUUGUUGUUACUCAUUGAAUCAAGAAAAAACGACGCUGGCGGCACCAUUUUGCAAAGAGGAGUAGAAAUUGCGACCAAAACUUUGCAGUGGCAGACCAUUAUCCUCGGGAAGAGCCACUUAGAAACGCUAGCGACAGGGCAGCUGCUUGCCGUCCUAUUGGCAAACCAGGGCCGAUACCGCCGUUGCAUUGCUAUGUACGAGGCUGUAAUUCGCAACGCAUUUAGCAGGUUAACUCACAAGCCCUCUUUGCGUCGCUACAGACCUGAUAACGAAUUUUCAAGAGUCUGUUGGUGCCUUCCUGACCCCUAUUUUUACGGCAUUUUUGAGACGAUACGACCAAUAAACAGGUUUUUUUCAAAAGUCAAGUUUGUUUUGCCCAGCCUGGAUGACGAGCAGGGCUUAGUAUCACUAAACCAAAGAAAGACUCCAUUAAACCAUAUUAAGGCACCCCAUGUCUCGGCAUCAAGCGUCAAUGAAGCUAAACAGGGAACAGGGGAAGAGAAACAUGACGCUGCAUCUGCUACUACGCAAAAGGAUGUUUCAAAAGCAAACAUGAUCCAGCUGGACCCUACAGAUCAUCCUAUAUUUCCCUCUAUGCAAUCCAAAGCUGCGAGCGACAUGGUCAGUCCUGUCAUCUCGGACUUGGUAAGCGACAUGUUCGUGGUAUACAUCAACUUCGCGGCGGAUCCGAAACUCGUUUCCAGGCUAGUUUCUCUCUUUCUCCUGCUUGACUACCUUGAAAAGCAAAGCUUCAAAAAUGUUUCCUACGACGUAUUCCAAAUCGCCUGCACAAAGUCCGGGGGCGAUAUAACCUCACAUUCGUUUCUUACAUGGCUGUUGGACCUUUCCGGCACGUCGGCCUUGCAGGUUAUGGAGUACAUUGAGCAUUACCCCUUCCGAAUCCCGAAAGAGGAGCUUUUCGACCAAGACAGUGACGUCAUUUUCCUGCUGUGCCACCCAAGUAAGGUUAAACUUCGCGAGCGCACAUGCUUUUUGAAACCGGCUUCAGCAAAGACACUGCUUGGAGCUCAAGACACGCUAUUUAUAUGGCUGAAGGGAAAAAGUUCCCAGAAGGAAAAAAGAGAUGAACCAGAUGUUGGCGACAUCUUCAAAAGGAAAUCAGUUGAGCACGGUCUCACAAGCCAACAGCUUGAGGAGACGGUUAAAAUUGGCGGAAGCUUUUUUGAGCAACUGGCUGAAAAUUCAAGUGAAGCAUCAAGCCGAACUGAAAUGCGGCGGCGAUAUCGUCAUUUCUUGGCUCAUGUUCGCACGACUCUCCGGCUGCCCACGAACCUCAGGUGUGAAGAGCUGGAUAUCCUGGCCAAUCUUAUGUACUACUUCCUUGACAUCAGUACGUUCCAAACGUGGUGGGAAAAUCGUUACAAAAGCGGCGCGGGUUCGGCGACCCAGCUUUUUCAUGGGAAAAAAGUAGAUCCCCUUGUGUCAGCAUUUGAAGAAUUUUAA